CAUGGGGCGUGGGAGGGCAGGGAGGGUUGGCCAGGCCUGACGGGGUUUGAUGGCUCAUGCUUCCCCUCCUCCUCCCAGACUCCAGCAGCAGAGCCUCAGGCAGCAGUCCCAGCCCCUCCCACCAAACCCUGUGCACCUGUCCUCCCACCCAGAUCUAGGGGUGCGGUGAGGAAGCUGUGAAGGACCCAGUCAGGGGCAGGGAAGUGCCGCAAACACCUGGUGGGUCUGGGGCAUUGCCGGGGAAUUCCAAACAGCCUUCCUGGUGCCCCAGGGGGUACUCCCCUCCCCACGCAGGCAGGGAGGCAGUAGGACCCUUGGCUACACCUGGCAGACUCCAGAAGCCCGUGACAGAGUUCUGGGAAGGCCAUAGCAAUGGCAGGCCACCGACACCCAGUGUCCGUGAGCGGGGCAGCUCUGGUGCAGACAGAGAAGCUCCAGACAUUCGCCUUCUCUGUGAACUGGUCGGAUGACAGUGACACCUUUGCACGCAGAAGCUGGGAUCAGUUCAGAAAACUCCAUAAGACCCUCAAGGAGACCUUCCCAGUGGAGGCGGGCCUGCUGCAGAGAUCAGACCGCAUUCUCCCCAAACUUCCUGAUGCAUCCUUGUUGGCACACUGGGGGCGCACGGGCCGCGGCCUGGUGCGCCUGCGGCUGCUGGAAACCUAUUUGAGGGCGCUGCUGGUUGCGGGGGAGCGUGUGUCCCGCAGCCCGGUGCUCACUGGCUUCUUUGCGCCACAACCUCUGGACCUGGAGCCUGCGCUGCCACCGGGCAGCCUGGUGAUACUGCCUGCCCGGGAAGAGCCCCUACCAGGCCCCAGGGGCAGCCCUGCCAGCUGCAGUCUGGGGGCUCCGAGUCUGCGCUGCCUGCAGCCCUUCAGCACCCAGGAUGCGUGGGGCCAGCCCUUCCAGGCUCAGGCCCAGGAGGCCCUUAACGUGCUGCUGCGACACCCCUCAGGCUGGUGGCUGGUGGCGAACGAGGACCAGCAGAUGGCAUGGUUUCCUGCUCCCUACCUGGAGGAGGUGGCCCCGGGCCAGGGACGAGAUGGGGGACGGUCCCUAGUGAGCAGUGGGCCCCAGUUCUGUGCUUCCCGUGCCUUUGAGGGCAGCCAAGCUGAUGAGCUGUCAGUGCCUGCAGGGGCACACGUGUGUGUGCUGGAAACGUCCGACCGCGGCUGGUGGCUGUGCAGAUUUGGUGGCCGCACUGGUCUUCUCCCGGCUGCAAUACUGCAGCCAGACGGGCUGGGCACAAUCCUUAGUGGGCCAUGGCUCCACCUCGGGGCAGAUGGUGGGGAGGACAGAGAGGGAGAGGUCCGAGACUUCCCCAAGUGCCCCCAGGCCAAGACCCUUCCCCCUACUGUGCCUGCCCGACCACCACUGAGUGCUAUUCAGAGCCGGUGCUGCACCAUCACCCGUAGGGCACUGAGGAGGGACCCAGAGGGUCAGGGACCUUUUUGAGUGUGUGGAACCUGGUGGAGGGCUGCGCUGUGCACCCCAUAACUGGAGCGGCAGCCCAGAAGCUCCAAACUCCAGGUUUGACUGAUAGCAGCCACAUCAGCCCCAGGGCUGUGGGAGGAGCACUUGACCCCAAGUGGGUGAGGCCAGGAGGCUACACCCCGCCUUGUCCUGAGUAAAGAACUCCUGAUGGA